AUGGAUAAGUUGAGUGUUAUCGUUAAGGGAGACCAUCAAGUGAAUGAAGAGAAGCCUCCACCACGAGUGUGUCCAAGGUGUAGCUCAGACAACACCAAGUUCUGUUACUACAACAACUACAGUGUGUCUCAACCUCGCUACAACUGCAGGAACUGUCGCCGAUUCUGGACCCAUGGUGGAGCUUUAAGGGACAUACCAAUUGGUGGAAGGGCCCGUAAAAUCAAGCGUACAAGUAUAGAUCAGCCAUCUGUUUCUCAGGUACUUUCUGUUGUCCAACAGGUUAAUCAUCACCAACCUUUCUUACAUGCUCAAGAAACCAACGAGUUUCUUGGAACUUUUGGUGGUGCUGUUGGGAACCAUUUCAGUUCUUCGCCUGAAAUUCAUGGUGAAAUGGUGCUUCCAAUUCAAAGUAUUCCACCAAUGGAUCGCUUUGAUCUCUUUGAUGUUACGUUUAACCAAGGUUAUUACGGUGUUGGAUUCAAUGAUUUGGUUGGUAAUCCUUUGAUGAACCAAUCAAUCGGUGGACAUGUUGAUAACUAUAACAGUUAUCGCAUGAAUCAAGAGGAUCCAAACAAUCGAAACCAAAGCUUCAACAACAGCAUCAACAUGAAUCAUAAUACCAGCACUAGUGGAAGCAGAGGAUAUCCAGGCACUGAUCACAUGACCGACAACAACAAAGACAGGAACAAGUGUGUGUUUAGUUCCUCCUAUCACUUGGAGAAGUAUGGUCCUUGA